AUGUUUUUACUGAAUCCUAAAAAAAUAGGCAGUAAGUCAAAGAAGGUUUCUCUUGCACAUGGAAAUCCUGUCAAGAAAGUUAAAAGUCAAUCCAUAGAAGUUGACUCGUCUGAAUUGGUGACCAGAGUGGAGGCGGCCGUGUCUACCAAUGACAAUAAUUUGGCAGAUUCUUUAAUUAUCGCAGCAUUGAAUCAGCUGAAGACUGCUUCGGGUCAUGGAAAUUUGUCGACCUCCUUGUCAUCUGGCUCUGAUUUUCGCCCAGCUUCCAGUGGCUCAAGUUCACGACUAUUGCCCGGUGUUUCACUUGGCCUUCUGGUACUAGUACAGGACCACCCUAAUUUAUUUACUAGACCUGCUGUUUUGGAUCACCUCAUUCUGAUUUUGUCACUUAGUCCACGAGAGCUUGGUAUAUCAUUACCGUCAACUGCUAUUACUACUAUAAUGGCACGAAUUCGUGGUCUUCACGUUCUUAUUGCAAAUAUCCUUUAUUUGGCUUUAAACAGUCAAGCUAAAUGGCCUUCAAAAUUAAUAAAGGUUUAUUUAGAAGAUAGUUUAACCAACCGAGUUUGGGUUGAUCAGGAUGAAUGCCGUUUAUUUGUAUUGAAUUUGGAGACUGCAUUUCCAAAAACGUUUGGCGAUCCACGAGGUUUAUUUACCGUAUUGUCAUCACAUCAGAAUGGAUCAGUAGGAGCUAACCAAUCGUCUGGUACUAUUAAUUACUCAACCUCUGCGACUUCAGGAAAUGCUGUGCUUAAUGUAUUAGGUUUCGCAGGCAUUCAGCCGUCCACUUCGUCAGAUCCUUCAGUAUCUAUUCCUCUUCAUUGUGAGAAAGAUGAGAUAAGUGAGGCAGUUUCAGAUGUAUUGAAAAAUCAAAAUAAUGCAGUUUCCAGAGCAAUUUAUGGUUCCGACAUAAAUUCACAUGUUUCACCACGAUUCGAGGCCUGUCGUCAAGCUGUAGAGGUAAUAAUAAUCAAUACGUUACGUGACGCCCUUGGUCGAAGGAGUGGAACUACUCCAUCGGGUUCUCAAACAAACACCGCAACUUCUAAUACUCCAUCAUCAUCUGUUAUAUCUUCCUCAUCAUCAACUUCAAUCACUGGUGGUGAUGCCACACAACUAAGAAAUCUUCUUCGCACACUUGGUAUGGCAGUUGCUAUUGCCGAGGUUCGUGGACUCGUUGCUACAAGAAUGGAGCCAUGGUUAACGAAUCCUAAAUUACAACUCUAUGGUCUCGGUUUAUUUGCACUGGUCGCCACUAAUUGUCGUCUAGGUGGUUUAUCUCCACAUGAUUUGGAUAUUAUGAUUUCAAGUGUGUAUCGUAUUCGUUACAAACUAUUGAAACCAAAUAUUCAAACUGCUUUUCUUGAGUGCAUCAGUCAUUUGGUUAAAGCAGCUCCCAUGAAUCUGUAUUGUUUAGUUAAUUUGAGCUCAGCAGCUUCAGAAUUACGUUUUGCAUCAAGUGCUAGUGAAUCUGGUCAGACUAACCAAAAUCUGAGCACAGUUGUCAUGAAGGUUGCUGAAACUGUUCAAGCUUUUUCUACGGAAAGUGGCAGUAGUACUGGCUCUGCUGUAAUUGCUCAACAAAACAGUUUAAAUUCCGCAGCUAUUGCUUCAGUAGCCGCUAAUGCAACCAGUGCGUCAAGCAGAGGUAGUAGUUCAGCUGGCAUUUUAUUACCUUUUCUGUAUCAGCGCUUUGGAUCACAUUGGAUUCGUAUCAUUGGUGAUUUACUCAAUGAGCGACUGAUUUUAACUUCAUUAGCUACGGCUGCCCAAGCGUCUCAGAAUUCUCUCACAGAAUCACAGUUGUUUGUCGAAUUCAAUUCACGACUGUCUCCAAUUUAUCAAUUUCUUCGUGAACUGGCACGGUUUACUCGCAGUGAUAAUGAUAGAUCUGUUAGUGGUUCACCUUUAGUAUCACAAAAUAAUUUACUUCAAUCACAACAGAAUUAUUUGCCAUGUGCAGAGCUUGCUUUCGCUCUAUUACAGGAUCGUUCGUUUCGUGGUACAACCAGUGCUUCUACAGCUGUGAAUGCUAUAGUGGCGUCACUAACCCAGCAAAGAGAUCAUUUACAGGGAAAAACAAGUACUGAACAUACGAAAACCGAUAUAACUAUCUUUCAGUGUUAUUUACAUGGUCUAAUGGGUUUAUUGUGUGCCCUGCAAAUGUUAUCAGCAAACCGACCAUUUCUUAGUAAUACAUCAUCAACUACUGCUAGACGUACAAGUUCUUUUGCUGAAGCUACUAAAACUCAUCAUUUGACUAUACGUCAGAUUCGUUUGGCGUUUGUGCGAUGGACAAAAUCAUUAUUACCAAUGUUUAUAAAUGCGGCUAGUCAAAGUUGUUCACUGCCAUCUACAAAAUGUAUUGAAAUUAUAAAACCUGUCAAUCUUAUUCGUCGAGUAUUCAUUUUGGACUCAGUGGCUGUUUUAAAUGAAUCACAGUCGGAAAGCGGCUAUCAGCUUACCUCUUCCUUGUAUCCUGUACAAGAUAUAUGGCCUGAUCAGGAUCAAAAUUCAUUAAGUCGAUUGAUCUGCGAUACAGGUGUGUCUGAAAAAUUACUCAACCAGUUAUUAAUUUUGGGUUUGGAUUCUUCUUGGCAGUGUCUUAAUGCUUUAGAUGCCGGAGAUAUAGUAUGCAACCUCAUAUGGCGUUGCGCCACGUUUUCUUGUGAUUCAGGUUUAGAGGGAUUAACUAUUACUCGACCAGAACAACUGUUCGACCUUCUGUUUGCUAGUUGUACUUAUUUGUCGGAUCAACAAAUUCCAGCUGAAAUGAGUGAAUUAGCUUAUGCUAAUAUUUAUUGGAAAGUUACACUAACCUGUAUGAUAUUAGCAGCUUAUUGCCCACGUACAUGUGGUGCCUAUCUUUGGUCGAAUUAUCCCACUGUUAGACGUUUGAUGGAGGUCGUCAUUAGCAGUGAUCUCGUUAAUGGCUUAAAACAGAGUUCAACUGAUCUUGAUCAUGGUGUUGAAGUGACAGAAAAAUUGAAUUAUGAAAUAGAAGUUCAGCUCAUUCUUCGUCUAGAAUCGUUUUUACUUUCAAAUGAAGUCACUGCUGAAACUUCAAAACUCAUCGGUAAAAUGGUUCGAAAUAAUCCUCGUGGACCAUGUCGCCGUCUUCCAGAUGAACAGCUUCAUUGCCUUCGUGCUCUGUGUGAACGUCUUCACCUAGAACGUCGGUUAUGGAGUAGUCGAAGUCCUGACUUUUUGCUUGACUUAUUACGUAGUCAAGCUAACAGUGUUGUUGCUCAACCAUGGCUUAUGCGUUUAGUGGAAUCUACUGGACAAGAUUUAGAUGUUCUUCCUGUACAGUGUUUAUGUGAAUACCUACUCUAUGAUGCUAUGACACGUGUACAAACGUAUAAAACUGAUUGGUCAGAUCAAUCAAAAAACUUGAUACAAUCCGUGAAUAUAGAUGAAAUAUUUAACAGUCUUCCAAGUCAUAAUCCAGAAAGUUUAAAGUUAAAAGAAACGAACAAAUUAAUUUCUCAUUUGGUAGCUAAAUUACAAGAAAAACUAACACUGAAUUCAUUCGAUUAUUCAGUUUCGGAUGCAUUCACUCAUUCUUUCUUCAGCAGAUUAAGUGAUUCACGUCGUGUAGUCAGACAAGCUGCUCGUCAGUGUAUGCGUUCACUUGUGCCUGAAGUUGUGAAUGAUUCACCAGGGAAGGAACUAACUGAUACUGCCAGUAGAUGGUUAUAUAUACUUGAAUAUUUUAAUCAACUGAGUGUAUUAAACUCCGAGAACAAGUCGGAAUCGUUGAAUUCACACGUCUUGAAAGAACAACUGACUGGACCAAUAUUGACGUCAUUUCAAGUUGAAAAUGAUUUGGAUAUUUUAUCUGCUCAUUUAGUAUUUCUAAAGCGGAUGACUUAUUCACCUAGUUUUACGUCUUGGCAAACACUGGUAACUGGAUUAAGUCAGUUCAUCCGAACUCGACGGACAAUUGUUUCAAAUUUACUGCACAGACAUACUUCACAGUGUCAUGAUUCUUUAAAUUUAAUUAGUAAAACUGCAUAUACAGUGUUGGAAGCUAUGGCUGAGAUAUUUACACGUUAUGUGAAUCAUUGUUGUACAAUUACUGAAGCGAUACCAGUUAUGGAGAAAAAGAGUGUAUUUGUUUCAUGGUCCCCAGAUUGUCAAUACCCAUUCGAUAUCGAAUUUAUUCAAGCACAAAUUCUAUUACUGACUCACUUAAAUGAUGAUCUACCUGAAGUGAAUUCCGUUACAGGUGAACCUAGCUGGUGGAUUCGAUUACGAGAUACAUGGUUCAUUUCGUCGGACUGUCGAUCAUCUUCUCAUAAUAAUAACAGUGUUCAGUUGUAUCGUAUGCCAGAAAUGUCACCACUAGCGUGUUCAGAAACUUUGACCGAUGUAUGUAAGAAGCAAACAGGACAAGAUAUUUGGUUUACUAAUGAGUCAUCUGACACUAUACCACAGUUGAAAUUCUCCACUGAAUUACGUAGCAGCUUAAUAGAAACCAAUCAAACCCCACUUGUUUAUGCAGCCUUUUUAAAUAUGACAUUUAUGGAACUCAAUGAAUUAAUGAAAAGUUUACCAUUAUAUGUUUUGAAGAAAACUACAAUCAAGUUACUUUCAGAGAGGAUUAAUUCACUCCCUACAGUCUAUCAGAAUGAAAAGGUUCUGAGUGAAUUGAAAGAAAUUAUUGUUAGCUCAAAUGAAACAAAAUCUGUAAAUUUGAUGGAUGUUGAUUCGCCUGAAGAAUUAACAGUCUCAGCACCUAAGUGUCACCGGAUUCAAGUGGGUUCUUCAAUACUUCCUAGAAAAGAAGUCAGUGCAGAGAAGCUAUCGUCCCCGUUAUCAACAAAGGAAACAAAGGAAUUGGAUUACAAGAUGGCUUCGUCUUCAGAGAAAGAUUUGGUUCAUCCUAUAAUUUCAGAAACGGAUUCAUUUGGAACAUAUGGUCUAUAUGAAUUAGUGAAUAUCUUGCCAAAGAAUAUACAACUGUCGUUAACAAAGCCAAUCCUAUUAGGUGCAGAUAUACAGUAUGAUUUAAUUCUUUGUUCAGUUCAUCGUUUACUGUUUGAACGCGGUCAAUUCUAUGAAAAUUACAUGCAGCAUGUAAAUCUUUCCAGUUUUGGUGGAAAUCAUAAUUACUUUAUAAAUGAAUUAUUAAAUCAAGCAAAUCCAGUAUUUUUGAGGAAAUUAGUUUGCGUAUUGUUACAAUAUACUGAUACUGAGCAAAUACAACCAGUUAAGGCACUUAAUUUUAUCACAGCCUUGUUUACUCUACCUCGUCUACUUUAUCCUGUUCCACGUGCUGAACCGCGUGAUCGUCCAGACGCUGCUGUCGCUCUGUCCUCGGUGCAUCUCCUGUCAUUAGUUGAAGCAUGUAAACUUAUCGAAUAUGUCCUUAGUGAAGCGUAUGAAUUGGUUAAACAGAACGAUGAUAAACGGAUUGUGAAUUGGGAUGCAUUGAAUAAGUUAUAUUCAAGGCGUAUUCCCCUGCUUGACAUGGCUAUUGUACAAUGGCCAAAAUCUUGUAUAUUAUUAUUAGAGAUUACAAGUGGAUUAAUUGAUAUUCAUACAAUUUUGUCUAAUGUUAAUGAUCAAUUAACACUUCAUAACUAUUUGCCUAUUUCAUUACUUAAAAAUAACAAUAUUAUUAAAUGUAUAAAAUCAGAUGAAUUAUGGUCUAUCCUUGCAUUCCGAUUGAUUUUAUGCUUAUACUUUCGUCGACCGGGUAUAGCAAAUCUGUUUACUUCGAGUACAACACGACAAUUAAUUUGUUAUCCACAUCCUGUAAAUAGUAAAUUUUCCAAUUUACAUUCUUUUAUUGAAAAAUUCGGUCUUUCAAAUCAAAAUAGUUCAAAAUUUUCACAACCAGAGGUUGAUCGUAUCGGUCCAAUUUUAUUGGUCAGUCUAACCGCUUCCAAUAUGUCGAUUAUGGAUACUGCACAAUUAGCUUAUAAGGCUUUAAUUACUCAUCAUACGAGAGCUGCCUUACGUCUAAUACCAAUCAUAUGUGGUUUAAGUGAAGGACGACUUGGUAUAUCAUGGGCACAAUUUACGCAUAAACGUUAUCAUUUAUUGUUCUCUAAUUUAUUACAUAUCCUGGAGAUAUUAUCGACUACUUCGAUGGAUAGUUCAGCAGAAAUGCUAUUGGAUGUUUAUGCAAAUAAUGGUAGUUUAUCAGCUGUGGAAAAUGGUGCUUUAUUCAGUAGAGAAGUCCUACCAUACAGUAAAUAUGUGGAACGUCUUUUGGCAAACUUGAUCGCAGCUUUAGCAUCAUUUCAUGAAAAUGCUCGUCAUCUUAGUGGAUUUCCAAAGCGUUUGGCUAAACUACUUCAAUUUCAUGCUCAAUUUGCUCCAUGGAGUAUGAAUUUCAAUGAGACAGUCAGCUUUUUAAAAGAAAAUCAAAAUAUCAAUGAUAAUUUUGAUAUACUUGCUGAGAAAUUUGAGGAAUUUAUUCCUAUACCUAGUAUGCUUACGGAAGUUAAUGAAUCCUAUGGAGAUAAGCAUCAUUAUUCAUCUUCACUUCUUUCAGUAAUUUCAAAAUGUCGUGGACAAAUUAGCAAACAGUGGAAUUUAGCUGUGCUGCAACCAUUCGUAUAUCAUCUAAGAACUUGUAUUCACCCUGAAAUGCUCUGUAAUUUACUCAGUGAAUUAGAGAUAGCGUCAAAACGAAGAAUUUCUAUUCUACUGCACUUCAAAAGCGAAUUGGAAUCACUUAUUGGACAUUCUUCUGAAACAGUAGCCAAUCUGGCUGUACAACUUUUAUUAAGAUUAUUACAUCACUAUCCACAUUUAGCUCAAUCAGUAGUCACGAAUACAAUUAUACCAUAUCUUUGUACAAAAUCACAUAAUCUUAACAGAUUCAGUUUGCCUAUCUUAUCCAUGUUACCAGAUAUUGUUAUGCUUGCACCAUAUUCAUCACCCAAAUUAAUGCAAUUAUGUGCAGAACAUAUAAUAUUUGGAGUACCGGAUGAAACAACUUAUCAAGCUAUUGAUUACUAUGAAGUUAGCAUGCGUCGUUUAACGCUGGAUGGACUCGAUGGAGCUUGUAUAGAACAUGCAAGCUCUGCAUUAACAAAUACUACUUCUAUGGUUAGAACAUCAUUACAAUAAGAAAAACAAGGAAGAGUAACAUUGUACAUAGCUUAUUAACUUCACAAUAUGUAAAUUAAAUUUUCUCUUUUUUGUAUUAAAAUUUUUUUCUGGUUUGUUAUUACAUGAGUAUCUUUCUAUAAAGCA